AUGACAGCGUCGCUGGGCGCCAGUCUGCCGGCCACCACUUCCGCCUCUGGUAGCUCCUCCGGUAAAACACCUGAACAAGAGGAUCCGCUUGCCAUGACGCACAUCCUCUGCAAUCUACUCGAAAACAUGAACAAACCUCCUAGUCUGCAACCGACCGUGGCAACUUCUGCUUCAUCAACUGUACCCUAUGAUAUCUGGGCUUUACCUUCCUGCAGCUCUCUCCAAAACCCAAUCGGGCCUGUUAGUCGUGACUUCAGCACUAAUAACCAUAACAAUAACCAUCAAACCCAUUCCAAAGAAGAUAACUCCAGUGGUUCACCUGGAACAUCAUCAUCGGUGUCUAUAACUUGCUUUCGUUGCGAAGAACGUACACCCACAACUCGUUGCCUCGAAUGCAACGACUUGUUUUGCCAUGAGUGUUGCCAUAAAGUUACUUCUGAUUGUCAACUUAGGGAGCAUACGCUGCUCCCAAUUCACCAAAUAUCCCCUAUCGGUGCUCGGCCUAACUCAGUUACUAAUGAAAAAGAAGUAAUGUAUUGUGAGCUACACGGGGACCCCGUCAAAUUCUACUGCGAAGCUUGUAUUAUAUUUAUCUGCCAAGAGUGUACUUUAUGGGUUCAUAAAGAUCACUGUUAUUCUCCGAUCAAAGGAGCGCUUGACAUGUGUCGUAUUGGUGUUUUUAGAGCCAUCGAAGACACAAAAACUGGUACUAAAGCCAUCAAAACUGCUAUAGAUCGUGCGGUCGCAAUGUCCAAAGCUUACGAGAAGGAAACCGCGGAAGCUAACUUAAAAAUAAGAAAAGCCAUGCGUUGUUAUGCUCAAGCUAUAGAAGAUCGUGAGAAAUAUUUGUUAGACAAAGUAGAAAAGAUGCGCCAAGCUAAAAUGAACGAGUUGACUGAUCACAUGAACACACUUCGUGGUAUUCUCGCUGGUUUAGCUCACACCAAUGAGACGUUAGUUCGAAGUAUGGAUUCUGAAGGUAUAGACUUAUUUAUGGCUAAAGAAAAAGGUAGAGCUCAAGUGGACUACUUUUCCUGUAUGUUUAAAAAUAUGUACAUUACUGAGGAAAGAAUUAUGUUUAUACCACCCAAUUACGAUUUGGUAGAUCAGAUAAAACGCCAGUGUGAUGUUCAACCUGCGCCAGCAGGAUCUAUACACUCUCUUACAUCAACGACGUCACUUCAGUCGCGUCAAUCGCUACUAUCGUUGCAAUCAUUGCAAUCGUUGCAGUCAGCCCAGUCUUUUUCACCUUUGUCUUAUCAUAUCUCGGCGUCAAAUAGCCUACGAAAUAUACCUGAUUACCCGAACAGUCACACGAGAUCUACUAACUAUUACGAUCACAGUAUUUCAUCAAGUAUUACUGUAGAAUCCAAUCCUGCCCGUGGUAUCGGACAAGCAAUUCCGGGAUAUUGGAUGUCGGUAACGGUCAGACCGACUAGAAGCCCAGUUCCCGGUGUUCCAAUGUUUUCCUUUGGCAAAGAAGGACAAGAAGAAGGGCAAGUAUCCAGACCUUGGGGCUUGUGCGUCGAUAGAGAAGGCAAUAUCAUUGUUGCGGAUCGACGUAACAAUCGUAUUCAGAUAUUUAACUGCCGCGGUGAAUUUAAGACCAUGUUCGGCUCUAAGGGCACUGGACCUGGAGAGUUUGAUUUACCAGCCGGAAUCACUACUGAUACUUACGGCCGCAUUAUAGUCAUUGACAAAGAUAACCACCGAGUUCAGAUAUUCACAUCGUCAGGUAAUUUUAUUCUUAAGUUUGGUUCCUUCGGCAAGGAAUGUGGACAGUUUCAAUAUCCCUGGGACGUUGCUGUUAAUACACUUGGCAAUAUUGUAGUUACUGACACAAGAAACCAUCGCAUUCAAUUAUUCACAAGUGACGGAACUUAUAUCACUAAGUUUGUAUUUGAAGCUGCCAAUCCGGCAAAGAUGCUCAAAGGACCGACGACUCCAAGAGGCGUAUGUUUCACAACCUGCGGCAAUAUUAUCGUUUCUGAUUUCGAAAAUCACCGCCUGCUUAUGGUGGAUCCUACUCUAUCGAAGGUAUUACACUGCAUGGGUCGUGAGGGUUCUGGUAUAGGUGAGCUGAACCGUCCCUCAGGUAUCGUGACGGAUGACGAUGGACGCAUUAUAGUGGCCGACUCCAAGAAUCAUCGUGUACUUGUGUUUACUUCAGAACUACGCAUAUUAUGGGCCGUGGAUCUAAAGAGCCCCGGUCUCGAUGACAAGGAUAGACCCAGUGACGUGGCUCUUACCCCAGAAGGCUAUCUGGUCGUAUUGUUCGAGACCCUACCGGAUACCGCUCGCGAUAUUUCCUCCCAUGGCAAGCAGUACAUCAAGGUUUACUGA